CGGGACAGCGGCGGUAUGGAUGCAUGGACGGGAGGAGGCAACGCGCGCCCGGGAGAUGGGCGCUGCUGGCCUGGUAACGGAUAUGAAAGCUGGAGGGAACUGGCUAAGGUUCUGGCAGACCCAAACGUCCCAGGUGGAGACCUAAGCCUCCCGCUUUACUACUCCCAGAAGAUGAGACACCAGAACCAAGAGCAUCAAAGAAGUGGGAGGAAUAAAUCGAAUUAUGCAGCUAUGAACAACCCUGUCCCAUGGAUGCCAGAGUUCCAGGGUCAGGCCAACCUGCAUGUGUUUGAGGACUGGUGUGGCGGUUCCACUGAGCAGCUCAGGAGGAACCUCCACUUUCCCCUCUACCCCCACACAAGAACCGUGCUGAAGAAACUGGCCGUGUCCCCAAAGUGGACCAACUAUGGUCUCCGGAUAUUUGGCUACCUGCAUCCUUUCACCGAUGGAGAGUUUCAGUUUGCCAUUGCUGCAGAUGACAAUGCUGAGUUCUGGUUGAGUUCAGAUGAAAAGACCUCUGGUCUCCAGCUGCUGGCCAGUGUGGGCAAGACAGGGAAGGAGUGGACAGCACCGGGGGAGUUUGGAAAAUUUUGGAGCCAGCAGUCAAAGGUGGUGAGGUUGUCAGCUGCAGGCAGGUACUACUUUGAGGUGCUGCACAAGCAGGAUGACAAAGGGACAGACCAUGUGGAAGUAGCAUGGAAACUGAAUGACCCAGAUGCAAAGUUCAAAGUCAUUGACUCCCAGUACCUCUCCCUUUUUGCUAAUGAGACACUGUUAAAGAUGGAUGAGGUUGGGCACAUCCCGCAGACUUUGGCCAGCCACAAGAGCCGGCCUGCUGAUGGCACCAGCGGCAAGGCACACCCUGCUGACAUGUUGAAGCCUGACCCCCGGGACACUCUUUACAAAGUGCCUCUGCUCAGCAAGUCACGCCUGCGCCGAGCCCUGCCAGACUGCCCGUACAAGCCUAGCUACCUGGUGAAUGGGUUCCCUCUGCAGCGCUACCAGGGCCUCCAGUUUAUUCAUUUAUCCUUCGUUUACCCGAAUGAUUACAGCCGCCUGAGCCAUAUGGAGAAAGAAAACAAAUGCUUCUAUCAGGAAAACCCAUAUUACUUGGAAAGAUUUGGAUUCUCCAAGUACAUGAAAAUGGACCGGAAAGAGAAGAGCUUGGACUCUGAAGAAAAGACUGAGCAACCAGGCUUUCAGGACGGGAACCUGGAUGAUCUGCAGUAUGGGGAGCAGGAUGUGGAGAGCACUGUCUCCCCAGCACACCCUGGCAUGUGGCAGGCAGAGCCAGCAGGCACUUCUCCCAGCACGGCAGUGGGCAGCGAUCGUGUCUAUGAGGACUAUUCCCUCCGGGAGCAUCGGCGGCUCCUCUCAGUUGGUGACACAGGAGAGGUGACACAAAGGAGAUGGACAAAAAGGUCUGGUGUCAAAACAGCCCUGCUGGCCCCUGCCAACCAAAGCCUCAGUCAAGCUGGCCCAGAAAGAAACCCAGUGACAAAGAGACCUCACUUAAAAGCUGGAGUCAAAGACAACUCCAGGAGCCCUCCACAGCAUGCCAGGGCCGCCCAGGGCAGAGCACCUGCCAAAAAGGAGAACCCUCCUUCUAGGAGCAGGUCUCAAAGGGAGCAGCCUCUCAGCCGCUCCAGGGACUCAGGGGUCCAGAUUCCCAAAGGGCUGAGACCUCGAGGAGACCUCAGCAUUAUGGAGGAUAGCCUGCAGCCAGCAGGCACUGAGCAAGCUAGGAGAGCAGACCCAGUAUCCAGCAAAGCCAGCAGGCACCUCGUGGGCACUGCUGGCCCCAGCAAGGAGCCACCGCGGCUGGAGCAGUGGCUGAACCAAGUGGAGGCCUACGUGGCUGAGCAGAAGAGGGCCACCGGUGGAGACGCGGGCAAGGGAGAGACACAGGUGGCAUCUCUCGCAAAGGGCAAGUCUAGGCCUGAAAAGGUGGCAGCGGAAGAGGAAGAGGAAGAGGUGGACGGGGAGCCAGAGGAGGAGGAUGAGGAGGGUUUUGAUUAUGUACCAGUGUUUGACCAGCUGGUGAACUGGGAGCAGACUUUCAGUGCAAGCAACCUGGAUUUCCAUGUGCUGCGCACUGACUGGAUUGACCUGAAGUGCAACACAUCGGGAAACCUGCUGCUGAAAGAGAGGGAGGCCCUGGAAGUCACACGUGUCUUCCUCAAGAAGCUCAACCAAAGGAUUAAAGGGCGGUUCCAGCUGCAGCGUAUCGUGAAUGUGGAGAAACGCCAGGACCGCAUGCGAGGGAGCCGCUACCUGCUGGAGCUGGAGCUGCUGGAGCAGGGAGAGCGUCUCGUCCGCUUCUCCGAGUACAUCUUUGCACGUGGCUGGCAGGGUGUGGGCGGAGAUGAGCGAGAGGAGAGGAACAUGAGGAACCUGGCUUGGGGUCGCCGGCGGCACCUGAUGGCUGUGGCAAAAGAGCCAGAGCUGUGCUGGCCCCAGGGCUUUUCCUGGAACCACCGCGCUGUGGUUCAUUUUGUGGUGCCAGUGAAAAACCAGGCACGCUGGGUGCUGCAGUUCAUCUCUGACAUGGAAGAGCUGUUCCGAGUCACUAAGGAUCCAUACUUCAAUGUCAUCAUCACAGACUACAGCAGUGAUGACAUGAACGUAGAGACUGCUCUGAAAAGGUCUAGCUUGCGCAGCUAUCGGUACUUGAAGCUGAUGGGGAAUUUUGAGCGUUCUGCUGGGCUGCAGGCAGGAAUAGACCUCGUGACGGAUCCACACAGCAUAAUUUUCCUUUGCGACCUCCACAUCCACUUCCCAGCUGGAAUCAUUGACUCGAUCCGGAAGCACUGCGUGGAAGGCAAGAUGGCCUUCGCACCCAUGGUCAUGAGGCUGCACUGCGGCACGUCCCCGCAGUCACCUGAUGGAUACUGGGAGGUGAAUGGGUUUGGACUCCUUGGCAUAUAUAAGUCUGACCUGGACAAGAUCGGAGGGAUGAAUACAAAAGAGUUUCGGGACCGCUGGGGAGGAGAAGACUGGGAACUUCUGGACAGGAUCUUACAGGCCGGGCUGGAAGUGGAGCGUCUGUCCCUGAGAAACUUUUUUCACUGGUUUCACUCAAAGCGGGGCAUGUGGAACCGGCGCCAGCUGAAAACAUUGUAGCCUUCAACCCCAAAGAUGCCUGGCAGCACCAUCCACCAUCUUGCCCUGGUGUGCACUUUAUCAAGGCACGCAGCCAAGCACACAAACUCUGCCUCCAUUGGGACAGCACAGCCGAAGAAGGGACUGUCGGGCUGGAGGAGUGGGAUCUUCUCUUGUGAACCAUUGCAUCCAAAGUGUGGGAUCCUUGUCCUGCUGGGAAGUCAUAUGAGGGAGCUGUCACCCAGUGAAGGACUUGUAUUUCCUGCCGUGCAGUCUGGCAGAUGGUACAGCGGGAGAGGUGCCAUAUUUCCUGUUGAGUCUUGCGUGGUGCAAAUCAAACAAAAAUCCCAGCUAAGCCCAGAAUGAUUUACAGGAAUGCACCUUCUCUUUCAAUACUUGAAGAAAAAGAGGAAAAACAAGCAAAAACCUCUUCUUCCCUUCCAAUCCCUUCCCCAUCUCUCUGGUAUCCAUCCUUUCGGACAGGGGACCAAAAUAUCUUCUCUGAACUGUAUUGUGUCCAUAUGCCCGUGUGCUGACCUCAGAACAAUCUCGAUGAGGGAGUGCUGAUAGGCACUUCACGCUGCUGGUGCUUAGGUGUUUCUCUGUGCUUUGCACUUCAGUCAUUACGAGAAACGAUGUUCAUGGAGUGUGGAUGGAGACUGAAGUGCACUUCCCAGAUGAGAGCCACAUGUGCCUGCAGUUGAGCAAAGGGGCAGGGCGUGAUGUUUCAGCUCUACCUGAAUUAUUGAUCCACUGCCUGAGGAUAGUGGAGGGGUUAUACAGAGACACUUGGAGGGCAUCUCAGGAGGAAUUCUGCAGCCUUAUCUGACAGACGUACAUGUUUGUCCUAACAAUAUCAGGGAAACCCUCACAGGGAAGAAGUGGCAAUAUUUUAUUAGUUGAUACAUUGAGAUUUUGUCAGAAAAAGAGGAGACAGAUUUUUCUGCUCUCUAAAUCCUGUACAUUUAUGCAGCAUCUAAAGGUUAAUUUAAUUAAUUAAGACCUCACAGUUAGGUCCUGUUGUAGUUUGACUUUCAUGUAAAGAGCAGACCUGUUUGCGUUGGCUGAGGAACUAGCACAACUGUUGGUGCUUCACUUUUGAGGCAGCCCUGGGAGCCCAGUAUGGAGGAGGUGGCUCAGGCCUUGGCACUUGCACUGAGUGUAAGGAACAGUGAGGGCAGAAGAGAACUGGGUGAGUAAAACAACAGGCGGACCCAUGCCAGUGCUGAUGAGAGAGCUGUGGAAAGAGCACCUGUCCACAGCCAGCGUGAUGCUAGAGCAGAUUCUCAGCUCCUGAAACUACCAUUAAUGGAAGGCAAGAUUUUUACUUAUAAAACCAUUUUACGGGACUGCACUCUGCACUGGAGCUUCAGGGUCCCCAUAUGAAGGUGAAAAGGCUGCUGCUGGUCUCACGCUUCAGGGGGGAGUGUGACACUGGAUGCUGCUCACGGCUCCCAGCUCCAAGGGGAGUUGUUGAGAAGUGAGCGAUGGAGGUAUGGGGCAUGCAAGCAAUGGUUGACGUGGUACUAGAGCUGCUUGCUUUUAGGCUGAUGGAGUGGAUGCCAGUUCAGAAUAGAUAUUUGUUAUUAAUUCUAUGGUGCUUGACAAGCCCAUCAGGCUCCAGUGUUGUGGUAGAAAACGGAACGUGUGAGUUCUGGCACAUGAAAUGUAAAUCAUGUCAAAUCAUCUGGCUGCCUCAGUCUGGGUUUUGUCCCUCACAGAGUUAGCUGUAUUUAAGGAAGUUCCAGUGUGCAGUGUGCAGCUAUGGUGAGAAGUCUGUGAGAGUGUUAUGUCCAUCGCUCCAUGCAGCCUUUGCCAGAAUGCAGACAAUGAAUAGCCACCAUAGGGUGAGUUCUCUUUCCGUCGAGCCUUUAGCCCAGAGCUGCUUACCUCACGAGGACUCCCUGGUGAGCAUGAAGGAGUUACUGGGGCUCAGUCCAGUUUCUAAAGGCCAGUGUCCCCACUGUAAAAGUUGCCAUCACAACUGCUCUUCUGUUCCUAGCACAAUGAGGACUCUUAUGAGUUUAAGCAUUGUGGUGGUAAACAUGAUUAACACUAAUUGGCACUAGUUGGCAGCCUCUGUGGAGGAGCUUGGAGAGAGCUCAUGGGGACAGAGGCCAUCAUCUAGUCCACAAGCUCAGAGACUGCUGUGGGUUGUCGGAAGAGGAUGGGCUGCGUGCUUGCUGGCUUGAUAGCCAGCAGGAAAUCUUGUGGGUCAGAGUCAGCUUUCAGCCUUAGGCUGCUGCCUCUCUUCCUAAAUGACCUGUAGCUGUUUUGUCCCCCGGAAAUGAAGGUAUGACAAGCAGCAUGUGGUCCCAUAGCCAUACAGUGAGAGGACAUGGCUGUCCAGGGCAGUGGCCAGGCCACCAUGGCACCCAACUGACUGUCCCCUGUUGGCCCACCAGUGCCACAUGCCACAGCACAGAGGGCUCAUCCCGGCCAUCAGCCGCUCCCAAAGCACAAGAGCAGGAAACCUGAUGUCACCGAAGCAGGGAAGCUGACUCCUCCAUGGUCAUUCUCAUUUCUGUCACAGGGAAGUUUUAAGAAGUUUUGCCUGAGUUUGUGGUGAGGUUUGCCCCACAUUCCUGGGCUUUGUGUACAUCCUGGCCAUGUCCUGUCUCAGGGGCAGGAGGGUUGCAUGUCAUGUGAUUCAACCACAUGGGCUCUGGUGGGUCCCUGGUUGUGGGUGGAGGGGAAACCAUGGGCCACAGUGCAGAACAGAGCUUCCCUGUGGCAGGAUGCGGCCAGCCCAGGGGCCCCGGCCCCCCAUGUGCAGGCUGCACUGCAGGGUGCUGGCUCCAUGGGCAGGACUUGUUCAUUGCCAGUGAACUGUGGGCCUGGGGGGUUGUUUUAUGGUUCAGCAAAGUGAAAAGAGAAGGACUAGCUUUUAUUCUGAGAAAUGCCUUAUGUGAAAAUAAUAACGUGACUUGUUUUGUCAUCAUUUUUAAUAUUUGCCUGGUAUGAACAUCUCUCCUCACCACCUGUGAUUGUCUGAAGUUGUUCAUUUUUUUAUGUACUGAUGCCUUGUGUUAUAAAUCUGGAUUGUACCUUUGACUUAUCUGCCUUAAAGUAGCUCUGUGCCUUGCACAACCCUGGGCCACCUCUGUGUAUGAACUAAGGGAUAUACUGGUUCUCCUGCACAUUUUAUAAAUACAUGGUCUUCCUACAAGC